AUGUUUGCUGCUAUUAUUGAACCUUUUGUUGAUAUGAAUAAGAUUGAAGGCUAUAGGAAAUUUCUUGGCUUUCAAUAUUGCAAGGCAAAUAUAAAUGGCAAGAUCUGGUGCUUUUGGAGUUACUUUGAUCAAUUUGAGAUAAUUGCUAAUGAAGAACAACAACUGAGUAUCAACUUUAAAGAGACUGCAGAAGAGAAAGGAAUUGUGAUCACCACGGUAUAUGCUAAAUGCACUUCUGUCGAGAGAAGAGAUCAUUGGAGCAAUUUUGAAUAUUUGAAUGAUAUCAUUGAUGGACCUUGGUGCGUGGGAGGAGUUUUCAAUGUGAUUAUGGAUUCAGAUGAAAAAUUUGGGGGUAGACCUCAUAGAGCUCGUAGGAGAUUUGACUUCAUCAACACUAUGGAGAAUUGUGGGCUAGCUGAUAUUGGCUUUAUUGGUUUAAAGUUCACAUGCACUCUACUUAUGAAAUAUCCCAAUGAGCAGGUGGAUAACAUUAAGUACUUCAGAUUUUUAAAUUGUUGGACUGAUCAACAGGGCUUUCAUGAGGUGGUACAAGAAGUAUGGGAUAUGAAGGUAGAUGGGAAUGCAAUGUGGAGGCUUCAGAGCAAGUUGAAUGCUUUAAGUAAGAGGUUUAGUAAGUGGUCCAGAGAUAUCAUAGGUCAUGUCAAUGAGCAAGUUCCGACUUGGGAGGCUAAAAUGCAGCUACUAGAAGAUAUUGAUCAGGACAACAAUACAGAUCAAGGAAGAGAAGAGCUCAAUAAGGGACAUACUGAAUAUAUUAAAUGGCUUGGUAUGCAAGAAUCCCUAUUGAGACAAAAAAAAACUAAGAUAAGAUGGUUUAAAGAUGGUGACUGCAGUAGCAAGUAUUUUCAUAGUGUCCUAAGGGAAAAAAAGGAAGAAACUUCACUUAUACAGAAUCAAGAACCACCAGAAUAG